CAUGAGAACAUCUGAAUCUGGGGCUGAGGCGGCCGCGGCUGCUGCCGGGUUGGGCUUUUCAGAUUUUUGUGAAAGAGUCUCGAAUGUAUCUUGUACCAUGGCAGUUGAUGACAGCAAUUUAUAUUCCAGAACGAAGAACAAACUGAAUUCGUCUCAAAAUGAUUAUAAAUCAUCAAGACGGAGUAGCCUGCCACCUGAACUACUGAUAGGAAAUGACAUUCGAGGGAGACUUCAAAGAAACUUGAAAAAUUUGGAGCCCGUUCACCUGAGGCGCCCAAAAAAGAGACCGUCCAUAUUUCCAGCUUCUCCAGUUGGCAACGGUUAUAUCAAGCCUCCAGUUCCACCUGUUUCUGGCACACAGAGAGAGAAAGGGCCGCCAACCAUGUUACCCAUCAACGUGGACCCAGACAGUAAACCAGGAGAAUAUGUCCUCAAGAGUUUAUUCGUCAACUUUACCACUCAGGCUGAGCGCAAGAUUCGCAUCAUCAUGGCAGAGCCUCUGGAAAAGCCAUUGACAAAAUCUCUACAGCGUGGAGAAGAUACCCAGUUUGACCAAGUCAUCAGCUCAAUGAGCUCCCUUUCUGAGUACUGCCUGCCUUCCAUUCUGCGUACAUUAUUUGACUGGUAUAAAAGGCAAAAUGGCAUUGAGGAUGAAUCACAUGAAUACAGACCAAGAACAAGCAAUAAAUCAAAAAGUGAUGAACAACAGCGUGAUUAUUUAAUGGAAAGACGGGACCUCGCCAUUGAUUUCAUUUUUUCUUUAGUAUUAAUAGAAGUUUUGAAACAGAUUCCACUUCAUCCUGUAAUAGACAGUCUAAUACAUGAUGUUAUUAACUUGGCUUUCAAGCACUUUAAGUACAAAGAAGGGUACCUUGGUCCUAACACUGGAAAUAUGCACAUCGUGGCAGACCUGUACGCAGAAGUCAUUGGAGUGUUGGCACAAGCUAAAUUCCCUGCUGUAAAGAAGAAAUUUAUGGCAGAGCUAAAAGAAUUACGGCACAAAGAGCAGAGCCCGUAUGUCGUUCAGAGUAUUAUCAGCUUGAUAAUGGGGAUGAAAUUCUUUCGAAUUAAGAUGUAUCCAGUGGAGGACUUUGAGGCCUCUCUUCAGUUUAUGCAGGAAUGUGCACAUUAUUUCCUCGAGGUCAAAGACAAAGAUAUCAAACAUGCCUUGGCUGGGCUUUUUGUUGAAAUUCUUGUCCCAGUUGCUGCCGCUGUUAAAAAUGAAGUCAAUGUUCCCUGUCUUAGAAACUUUGUUGAAAGCCUAUAUGAUACCACGCUGGAACUUUCUUCUCGAAAGAAGCAUUCGUUGGCCCUGUACCCCCUGGUGACCUGUCUUCUCUGUGUCAGUCAGAAGCAGCUGUUCCUGAACAGGUGGCACAUUUUCCUCAACAACUGCUUAUCCAACCUUAAAAAUAAAGACCCCAAGAUGGCUCGGGUUGCACUGGAAUCUCUAUACAGAUUACUCUGGGUUUACAUGAUUCGAAUUAAAUGUGAAAGCAACACAGCUACUCAGAGCCGUCUUAUAACCAUCAUCACAACACUUUUCCCCAAAGGGUCCCGUGGUGUGGUGCCAAGGGAUAUGCCUCUGAACAUCUUUGUGAAAAUCAUCCAGUUCAUUGCCCAGGAACGCUUAGAUUUUGCCAUGAAAGAAAUUAUUUUUGAUUUUCUCUGUGUGGGAAAACCAGCAAAAGCUUUCAGCCUCAACCCAGAGAGAAUGAACAUUGGUUUACGGGCAUUCUUAGUAAUAGCCGACAGCUUGCAGCAGAAAGACGGUGAACCCCCCAUGCCGGUGACAGGAGCUGUUCUCCCUUCAGGAAACACAUUGAGAGUGAAGAAAACAUAUUUGAGUAAAACGCUAACUGAAGAAGAAGCCAAAAUGAUAGGAAUGUCCUUGUAUUACUCCCAAGUACGAAAAGCUGUGGACAACAUUUUAAGGCACCUCGAUAAAGAAGUGGGAAGGUGUAUGAUGCUAACGAAUGUUCAGAUGCUAAACAAAGAACCUGAAGACAUGAUCACGGGUGAGAGAAAGCCAAAAAUAGAUCUUUUCAGGACCUGUGUUGCUGCUAUCCCUCGACUCCUUCCUGAUGGCAUGUCAAAACUUGAACUUAUUGACUUGCUGGCUAGGUUGUCUAUUCAUAUGGAUGAUGAACUGCGACACAUUGCACAAAACUCUCUUCAGGGUUUACUUGUUGACUUCUCAGACUGGAGAGAAGAUGUACUGUUUGGCUUUACCAACUUCCUACUGCGGGAAGUAAAUGACAUGCACCACACGCUCCUUGAUUCGUCCCUCAAGUUACUGCUUCAGCUGCUCACGCAGUGGAAACUUGUCACACAAACUCAAGGAAAAGUCUACGAACAAGCCGGCAAGAUCAGAAAUUCAGAGCUAAUUCCAAAUGGCUCCAGCCACCGAAUUCAGUCGGAGCGAGGUCCCCACUGCAGUGUUCUUCACGCCGUGGAAGGCUUUGCUCUGGUUUUACUCUGCAGUUUCCAGGUGGCCACACGCAAACUGUCCGUUUUAAUACUCAAGGAAAUUCGAGCUUUAUUUGUUGCCCUGGGUCAACCGGAGGACGAUGACAGACCUAUGAUUGAUGUCAUGGAUCAGCUAAGUUCUUCCAUUCUCGAAAGUUUCAUUCAUGUAGCAGUUUCAGAUUCGGCCACAUUACCGCUGACCCACAGUGUGGAUCUGCAGUGGUUGGUGGAGUGGAAUGCAGUCCUGGUCAAUAGCCAUUACGAUGUGAAGAGCCCUUCCCAUGUCUGGAUAUUCGCUCAGUCUGUCAAAGACCCCUGGGUCCUCUGCCUCUUCAGUUUCCUCCGGCAGGAGAACUUGCCCAAACACUGCCCCACAGCCCUCAGCUACGCCUGGCCGUACGCCUUCACUCGGCUCCAGUCGGUCAUGCCUCUGGUUGACCCAAAUAGCCCAAUUAAUGCCAAGAAAACCAGCACCGCCGGCAGUGGAGAUAAUUAUGUUACCUUGUGGAGAAACUACCUUAUUCUUUGUUUUGGAGUUGCAAAACCCAGUAUUAUGAGCCCGGGACACUUAAGAGCUUCCACUCCAGAAAUAAUGGCGACCACACCUGAUGGUACAGUGAGCUACGAUAACAAGGCCAUAGGCACCCCAUCGGUGGGAGUUCUGUUAAAGCAGUUGGUGCCUUUGAUGAGACUAGAGGGCAUUGAGAUCACAGAGUCCUUAGUUUUAGGAUUUGGAAGAACAAAUUCCCUUGUUUUCAGAGAGUUGGUGGAAGAACUCCAUCCAUUAAUGAAAGAAGCCCUGGAACGAAGACCAGAGAACAAAAAACGCCGAGAACGGCGGGAUUUGUUAAGGCUACAGCUACUUCGAAUUUUCGAGCUUCUGGCUGAUGCUGGUGUCAUAAGUGACAGCACAAAUGGAGCCUUGGAACGGGAUACGUUAGCCCUUGGAGCUUUGUUCUUAGAAUAUGUGGACCUGACCCGCAUGCUUCUAGAAGCCGAAAAUGAUAAAGAAGUUGAAAUUCUUAAAGAUAUCCGGGCACAUUUUAGUGCGAUGGUCGCCAACUUGAUUCAGUGUGUUCCAGUUCACCACCGAAGAUUUCUGUUCCCCCAGCAAAGCCUGAGGCAUCAUCUUUUCAUCUUGUUUAGCCAGUGGGCAGGACCCUUCAGCAUUAUGUUCACCCCUCUCGACCGCUACAGUGAUAGAAAUCAUCAAAUUACACGAUACCAGUAUUGCGCAUUAAAGGCAAUGUCAGCAGUGUUGUGUUGUGGCCCUGUGUUUGACAAUGUGGGCCUUUCCCCCGAUGGCUACCUAUAUAAGUGGCUUGACAACAUUCUGGCUUGUCAAGAUUUACGAGUUCAUCAGCUUGGCUGUGAAGUUGUCGUCUUGCUAUUGGAACUUAAUCCUGACCAAAUCAAUCUUUUUAAUUGGGCGAUUGACCGAUGCUACACAGGUUCCUACCAGCUUGCAUCCGGCUGCUUCAAAGCCAUCGCAACUGUGUGUGGAAGCAGGAACUAUCCCUUCGACAUAGUGACAUUGUUAAACCUUGUUCUAUUCAAGGCCUCUGACACCAACAGAGAGAUUUAUGAAAUCUCCAUGCAGCUCAUGCAGAUCCUUGAAGCAAAGCUCUUUGUAUACUCAAAGAAAGUCGCUGAACAGAGACCCGGAAGUAUUCUCUAUGGAACGCACGGCCCAUUGCCACCCCUCUACAGUGUGUCACUAGCCCUCUUGUCAUGUGAACUGGCCAGGAUGUACCCCGAGCUCACCCUCCCACUCUUCUCAGAGGUAAGCCAGCGAUUUCCCACGACACACCCAAACGGGCGUCAGAUCAUGCUCACCUACCUGCUGCCUUGGCUGCACAACAUCGAGCUGGUGGACAGCAGGCUCCUCCUCCCGGGAUCAAGCCCCAGCAGCCCAGACGAUGACGUCAAGGACCGGGAAGGAGAAGUGCCCACUUCACACGGGCUGAGAGGGAGUGGCUGGGGCUCCCCGGAAGCUACGUCACUGGUCCUGAAUAACCUCAUGUACAUGACGGCCAAGUAUGGAGACGAAGUUCCUGGACCAGAAAUGGAAAAUGCUUGGAAUGCUUUAGCCAACAACGAGAAAUGGACCAACAACCUGAGGAUCACCCUGCAGUUCCUGAUCAGCCUGUGUGGCGUGAGCAGUGACACGCUUCUCUUGCCCUACAUCAAAAAGGUGGCAAUAUACUUGUGCCGUAACAACACCAUUCAAACCAUGGAAGAGCUUCUCUUUGAGCUGCAACAGACGGAGCCCGUGAAUCCCAUCGUCCAGCACUGUGACAACCCGCCGUUCUACCGCUUUGCGGCCAGCAGCAAGGCCUCUGCGGCAGCCUCCGGAACCACCUCCAGCAGCAACACAGUGGUGGCCGGCCAGGACAGUUUCCCAGAUGCCGAGGAGAGCAAGAUAUUGAAAGAAUCUGAUGAGAGGUUUAGUAACGUCAUCAGAGCCCACACCCGCCUAGAGUCAAGAUACAGCAAUAGCUCUGGAGGAUCAUAUGAUGAAGAUAAAAAUGACCCGAUUUCUCCGUAUACGGGCUGGCUGUUGACUAUUACAGAGACCAAACAGCCACAGCCCUUACCCAUGCCUUGUACUGGAGGAUGCUGGGCCCCCCUGGUUGACUACCUCCCAGAGACUAUCACUCCCCGAGGACCCCUCCACAGGUGCAAUAUUGCUGUAAUUUUUAUGACUGAGAUGGUGGUGGAUCACAGUGUGAGAGAAGAUUGGGCUCUUCAUCUACCAUUAUUACUCCAUGCUGUCUUCUUAGGUUUGGACCAUUACCGGCCUGAAGUCUUUGAACACAGCAAAAAACUGCUUCUUCACCUCUUGAUUGCCCUUUCUUGCAACAGCAAUUUUCAUGCUAUUGCUUCUGUGCUCCUGCAGACUCGAGAGAUGGGUGAAGCUAAGACUCUAACAGUUCAGCCGGCUUAUCAACCGGAGUAUCUCUACACAGGUGGCUUUGACUUCCUGAGAGAGGACCAGUCGUCCCCAGUGCCAGACUCGGGGCUAAGCUCCAGUUCCACGUCCUCCAGCAUCAGCCUGGGGGGCAGCAGUGGGAACCUCCCGCAGAUGACCCAGGAGGUGGAAGACGUGGACACAACCGCUGAAGCGGAUGAGAAGGCGAACAAGCUCAUUGAGUUUCUGACGACCAGGGCAUUUGGUCCACUUUGGUGCCAUGAAGACAUCACACCCAAAAAUCAAAAUUCAAAGAGUGCUGAACAGCUUACUAAUUUUCUACGUCAUGUUGUAUCCGUAUUUAAAGACUCCAAAUCAGGUUUCCAUCUGGAGCAGCACUUGAGUGAAGUUGCAUUGCAGACAGCCCUCGCAAGCUCUUCGAGGCACUAUGCCGGUCGGUCCUUCCAGAUAUUCCGGGCGCUCAAGCAACCUCUGUCAGCACAUGCCUUGUCUGACCUUCUCUCCAGGCUGGUGGAGGUGAUUGGAGAACAUGGAGAUGAGAUUCAGGGUUACGUAAUGGAAGCACUCCUUACAUUGGAAGCUGCUGUGGAUAACUUGUCUGACUGCUUAAGGAACAGCGAUCUCUUAACGGUAUUAUCUCGCUCUUCAUCACCAGAUUUAAGCUCUAGCACUAAACUAACAGCAAGCAGAAAGAGCACAGGACAACUAAAUGUGAACCCGGGGACAGCCAGUGGCAAUACAGCAACCGCAGAACGGAGCCGGCAUCAAAGAAGCUUUUCUGUGCCCAAGAAGUUUGGUGUUGUCGACCGAUCCUCAGACCCACCCAGGAGUGCCACACUGGACAGAAUCCAGGCUUGUACCCAACAAGGCCUCUCCUCAAAAACCAGAAGCUCAUCCUCCUUGAAGGACAGCCUCUCAGACCCAUCACACAUAAACCAUCCAACAAACCUAUUGGCCACCAUCUUUUGGGUCACAGUGGCUUUGAUGGAAUCUGAUUUUGAGUUCGAAUACCUAAUGGCCUUAAGGCUGUUGAAUAGACUACUGGCUCACAUGCCACUUGAUAAAGCUGAGAACCGAGAAAAACUUGAGAAACUCCAAGGGCAGCUCAAGUGGUCAGACUUCUCAGGGUUGCAGCAGCUACUGCUGAAGGGAUUCACCUCCCUCACCACCACUGACCUUACCCUGCAGCUUUUCAGUUUGCUGACACCAGUAUCCAAAGUAUCCAUGGUGGAUUCAUCCCAAGCCAUUGGGUUUCCACUGAACGUGUUGUGUCUCCUGCCCCAGCUGAUUCAGCAUUUUGAAAAUCCCAAUCAGUUCUGCAAGGAUAUAGCCGAAAGGAUUGCGCAGGUGUGUUUGGAAGAGAAGAACCCCAAACUUUCCAAUCUUGCGCAUGUCAUGACCCUUUAUAAAACACACAGCUACACGAGGGACUGUGCCACAUGGGUCAACGUUGUCUGCCGAUACCUUCAUGAAGCAUAUGCUGACAUCACCUUGAAUAUGGUGACCUACCUGGCAGAGCUGCUGGAGAAGGGUCUCCCAAGCAUGCAGCAGCCCCUCCUCCAGGUGAUCUACAGUCUGCUCAGCUACAUGGAUCUGUCAGUGGUGCCUGUAAAGCAGUUUAACGUGGAAGUUCUGAAGACCAUUGAAAAAUAUGUCCAAAGUGUUCACUGGAGAGAAGCUUUGAAUAUCCUGAAGCUGGUGGUUUCUCGAUCUGCCAGUCUAGUUUUGCCUUCCUACCAGCACAGUGACCUCUCAAAGAUAGAAAUACAUCGAGUGUGGACCAGUGCUUCUAAGGAAUUACCUGGAAAAACCCUAGACUUCCACUUUGAUAUUUCGGAGACGCCAAUCAUCGGGAGGCGAUACGAUGAGCUGCAGAACGCUUCUGGGCGCGAUGGGAAGCCCAGGGCGAUGGCCGUCACCAGGAGCACAUCCUCUACCUCAUCGGGCUCCAACUCCAAUGUCCUUGUUCCUGUUAGCUGGAAAAGGCCCCAGUAUUCUCAGAAGAGGACAAAAGAGAAGUUGGUGCACGUCCUUUCUCUGUGUGGCCAAGAAGUAGGAUUAAGCAAAAAUCCAUCAGUGAUCUUUUCAUCGUGUGGGGAUCUGGACCUUCUGGAGCACCAGACGAGCUUGGUCUCUUCCGAGGACGGCGCCCGGGAGCAGGAGAACAUGGAUGACACAAACAGCGAGCAGCAGUUUAGAGUCUUUAGGGACUUCGAUUUCCUAGAUGUGGAGCUGGAGGAUGGAGAGGAACUGCAGGGUGAGAGUAUGGACAAUUUCAACUGGGGAGUGCGCAGGCGUUCUCUGGAUAGCUUGGACAAGUGUGACAGGCAGCUUCUGGAGGAGAACCCACUUGCAGGAAGGUCUCCCAGCCUCAACAAAAUGAACCGUGAGGAUUCUGACGAGUCCUCCGAAGAGGAGGACCUCACAACCAGCCAGAUCCUGGAGCAUUCAGACCUAAUCAUGACUCGUUCCCCUUCCGAGGAGACGAAUCCCCUGGAAUCGCUCGCCGCGGCCUGUGACAUGACCCCUGCCGACCCUCAUUCCUUUAGCACCAGAAUGGCUAGCUUUGACGCGGCUCUGUCUGACAUGAAUAAUCUGCAGAUCUCUGAGGGCUCCAAGGCUGAAGCUGUCCAGGAGGAGGAGGACACCGCCGUGCACGAGGACGAUCUUUCCAGUUCUGUUAACGAACUCCAGGCAACUUUCGAAUGCAGUGGUAGCUUUAGCCUGGAUAUGACUGAGGCAGAAGAAAAGGGCAGUCGAGCACUGGACCAGUUUACUCUUGCAAGCUUUGGAGAAGGUGACAGGGGGGUCUCUCCCCCUCCCUCGCCCUUCUUCUCGGCCAUCCUUGCUGCGUUUCAGCCCGCGGCCUGUGACGAUGCAGAGGAAGCCUGGCGCAGCCACAUCAACCAGCUCAUGUGCGACUCAGAUGGCUCCUGUGCUGUGUAUACAUUUCAUGUGUUCUCCUCCUUGUUUAAGAAUAUUCAGAAAAGGUUCUGCUUCCUAACCUGUGAUGCUGCCAGUUACCUUGGAGACAAUCUGCGGGGAAUCGGGUCCAAGUUUGUCAGCUCUUCUCAGAUGCUCACCUCCUGCUCUGAAUGCCCUACACUCUUUGUGGACGCUGAGACUCUCCUUUCUUGUGGACUUCUGGACAAGCUCAAGUUCAGCGUUUUAGAACUGCAAGAAUAUUUGGACACCUACAACAACAGAAAAGAGGCCACUCUCUCGUGGCUCGCAAAUUGUAAGGCAACAUUUGCAGGAGGAUCAAGAGAUGGAGUAAUCACCUGUCAACCAGGGGACUCGGAAGAAAAGCAAAUGGAAUCUCUUGCACAAUUGGAACUGUGUCAGAGAUUAUAUAAGCUGCACUUCCAGCUGCUGCUGCUCUUUCAGUCCUACUGUAAGCUCAUCGGCCAGGUGCACGAAGUCAGCUCCAUGCCAGAGCUGCUAAAUAUGUCCAGGGAACUGAGUGACUUAAAGAAAAACCUGAAGGAGGCCACUGCGGCCAUUGCAGCUGACCCUCUCUAUAUAGAGGGUGCAUGGUCUGAGCCAACCUUCACAUCCACCGAAGCGGCCAUCCAGUCCAUGCUGGAGUGCCUGAAGAACAAUGAACUUGGCAAGGCUUUACGGCAAAUCAGGGAAUGCAGAAGUCUGUGGCCCAAUGACAUCUUUGGAAGCAGUUCUGAUGAUGAGGUCCAGACACUACUGAAUAUUUAUUUCCGUCAUCAAACUCUGGGACAAACGGGUACUUACGCGUUGGUAGGGUCGAAUCAGAGCCUGACCGAAAUCUGCACCAAGCUGAUGGAGCUGAACAUGGAGAUCCGGGACAUGAUUCGCAGGGCCCAGAGUUACCGAGUCCUCACUGCUUUUCUUCCAGACUCCAGUGUUUCUGGCACUAGUCUCUGACAGGAGCCUCCCAUCCCCCAUGCGUUCCAAGCUGGGGGUGCUGUCAUGCUGGGGUGACGUCAUUCAGUGUCUUUUCAGCCUUCAGAAGGCUUGGUCAGACUGUUCUCCCUCUUGUUACCUGUAGGACUUUUUCUAAACAGGAUGACAGAACUUCCAACGUGUAGCAAUACUAUAAGAACCAAGGUAGCAUAGAACAUUCUGGGACAGACUCCAUCCAUCAUGCUGUGUGGCACAAAGGUGUUAUCAUUUCACUGAGCAGAUGCAACUCACUACUGAAGAAAGUGACUUCCAUUGCAUACCAAAGCCGACUACACUGAAUAAUACCUUCCUUUCUAGAAACAGUUUUAGAUUGGCAAAAGUGCAAUGUUUUCUUCACUAAAAAAUGUUUUAUAUUCUAAAACUUGUACAUUCUUUUUUCUUUUUUUCCUUUUUUUCUUUUUUUGGUGGGCUGAGGAAGGGACAGGCAGAAUGAAGCUGGCCACUGAAAACUGUAAGACGGUCAAAAGCUGACAGCCUGUGUAUGUGAAGAGGGAAUUGUAAAUGGACAAUUUAAUAUACACUGUAAUUUGAAUACAAUUACUGUAUCUAAAAGGAGCUGCUAUGAAGUACCUUUCUUAUGUUGCUAGGCUACUGUUUCUGAAAGCCCUGGAUCUCUUUGCAGGAGUCUGUGAUUAGGACCCUAGCACCAAAUAUGGUCCAGACAGACCUUUUUGUAAAGGUCUUGGCUGCUUUUUACUAGAAGGUUGCUUAUAUGAGCAUAUUUAUACUACAAAAGGAUGAGUGUUAAUUUUAACCAACUUUGCCAUUUUGUAGAAAAAAGUUAAAUUCACAUUACAAAUUCCAAGUCUUUUCACCGGUCACGCAUGCAUAUUUUAAUAUCCAUUUGGAUAGCCAGAAGUAGAAUCAUAAAGAUAAACUAUGAGUUGUCACUUUGUUACUUAAGAGAUGUCAUGUUUUAUUUGUAACAUAUAUGUAAAGGGCCAUUCUUCACUUUUCUCUUUAAACUUAAUGCUGUCAAGUGUUAGAUGUGUGCAUGUAAACCAGUUGCACAUCAGAAACAUAUUCAAAGUUUAUCUAUGUAACUUAUUCACUCUGUAAAUACAUUUAAAGUUUUUGUGAUGUAA